UUGGAUCAUAAUAUGAUAAAAGAGGUUAGUUUGGAUUGAUUUCAGUUGGUGUUAAGAAGCCCAAAUAACAACAAGGAAAGUGAUGGAGAUAUCAUUUCAUAACAAAAGGAUUUUAGUAACAGGUGCUGGCCAAGGAAUAGGAAGAUGUUUGGCUAAAAAGCUGGCAGAGUGCCAUGCAGAAGUAGUUGCCAUCUCUCGAACGGCAAAGUACUUGGAUACGUUAAAAGAAGAAGUUCCUCAAAUCACUACUAUCGCAGUGGAUGUAACCGAUACAGAAAACGCCACAAAACUGAUCAAGGAGCACGGGCCGUACCAUGGUUUGGUUAAUAACGCCGCCAUUGCUGAACUGCAGCCGUUCUUUGAAGUAACGCCUGAUAGUUUUGACAGGUUAUUCAAUGUGAAUGUCAAAGCGCCUAUACUAAUAAGUCAAGUUGUUGCAAAGACAAUGAUCGACAAUAACAUUGAAGGCAGUAUAGUUAAUCUUUCCUCACAGGCAUCUUUAAUUGCACUCCGUGACCACACUGUCUACUGCGGCACAAAGGGAGCUUUAGACAUUAUCAGCAAAGUAAUGGCCUUGGAACUGGGUAAUCAUCAAAUCAGGGUAAAUUGCGUUAACCCUACUGUCGUUUUGACUGAUAUGGGUAAGCUGGGGUGGUCAGAUCCCAAAAAAGCUGAGCCCAUGCUGAAUAGAAUUCCUCUUCAUAGAUUUGCAGAGGUGGAUGACGUCGUCAACGCUAUCAUCUUUUUACUAAGUGACUCUUCCAAAAUGAUUAAUGGUGUGGUACUUCCCAUUGAUGGAGGAGCGACAGCUAAUUAAAUUAUUCAAUUUUUCUGUGAUAAUAAUUAUUGAUAUCAAUGUUUAUCAACUCGAACAUGCUCAGUAAUUGUUGCGUAUUUUAAUAAAAGGUUAUUUCAUUUA